UUAUAAUACGUGAGCAGAGGUUAUGUUUUCCUCGUGAGACCAUACUUUUGAUGCUGGAGUUGGAAGUGCACAUGUACACGAUGUGCAAGUGAGUAAGCGAGAGUGAGUGCAGAGGCUCGGUGCCCAAGUGUUAUAGCCAUUGAUAAAGAACGAAAAGGAGACACACACAUAAGGGGCAUAAUCUUUUCGUUAUCAUGAGGCAAAUAGAGCUAAUUCAAGACGGCAGCAGUGAAUGCGGAAGCGUCCGCAGCUGCCGCCACUUUUUAGCGACGAAAGCAACGACAACAACGUCGAAGGUGACAGACUCUCAUGUGCCGUGAUGUUGCUUCCUUAUUCGCCUGCCUGCUUGGACCAGCAGUUCUAUACUAUUAUCCACUGCUACGAUGCAGUCGCAGGCGACGACGAACUCGAUCACGACAACGAUUUCUUUACCCCUGGAAUAAAUGCCAUGAGGCGAUUGUGGAGAAAGAUACAUGGCUCAACUGCAUGAUGGAGACCAAUUAUGACGAGGAUCUGUCACAGAAUGCCUUUUUUCAAACUUUGCAACAAGAACAUCAGACAGUCUUUGAUAGAGCUAUUGGAGAAGGUUGGAUUAUUUGUAUUCCUAGAUGCGGCACUUUCAGCGAGGAUGCAUUAACCGAGAAAGACUUUUUAAGUCACAUUUUGGUACCUGAUGACGAAGAGCCUGCCACGCAGUUUCAUACAUUGACUGAUCGAGAAGUACGCUUAUGCAACAGGGUUUUGACCAUUCAAUACGAUCCGUCGAAGUGUCAAUCUAUCUAUUUAUUGUUCGAGGAAACAUUUUACACAGCAGAUCUUAUUAAAUACUGUGUAUGGUGCAUAGAAGGUCUGUUAAAAGAUGAGAUUAGUGUAGCAUGUGCCGAAGUGCCGGUUGUUAAUACCUUAAAAGAAUGUAUAAAUUUACUAUGGACUGAAGUCGAUAAGAAUGUUUUACAUGAAUUAGAUGAAAUUAUUGAAGAAUUUGCAAAGUCUCAUAAUAAUUUAGAAAAGGAGUCUCUCCAAGUACAAACUGAACUUGUCAGUGUGUUAUAUACCAAAAGUCUUCGAACUCUUUUGAAGAGUACAAAAUUACGAGAGCGAACAAUCGAGAGCCAUCACUUUUUACAGACAAUCAAAUUAGCUACCGAAACUUAUGUUUUACAUGGUUUACGAAAAGUAUUACCACAAGCUGUGUCAUUUCGUACAGCCUCGGAAGAUGCAAGUUUGAAUAAGAUUAUAAAGAAUUUACAAGACUUGCAAUUACAGGAUCUUAGUGUCCGUGCUGAUCUUUAUGAUGGCGUAUUACGAGGAAAAUCUGAGCUGGCUCGGCUGGAUUGCCAUUUCACAUCACUGGGCAAGAUAAAUUGUGUGAAGCGAGUGGCGCGCUUCGUCUCGCAGGGCGAGAGCUCCGUCUCUUCCGACGACCUUCUUCCCGUAUUAAUUUUCCUCGUGGUGAAGUCUGGUUUAGCCAACUGGUAUGCCCAACUCACCUUCAUGAAACAGUUCAGAUACUCGUCGAACGCCCACGAGACCACGGACGAGGCCGGGUUUCUGAUAACCUCGUUGGAGGCGGCAGUCGAGCACGUGAAAUCGGGUUCGUUAACCUUUGAAUCCUUCCAAAUCGAAAGGAGAUUAACGAAUAGACAGGGAAUUUAUAAGAAUGAGAUAUCGUCGACCGGGAUGGAUGAGACCGAUGUAUCCGGGGUGUCGGCGAACGAAUUGUUCGAGCACGCGAAAAAAGGAAAUCUGAAAGAAGUACAAAGAAUAUUGUCGGAGAGAGCCGAAGGUGCCUCAAACGAGACGAAACUUUGUCACCCACUGUGCCUGUGCGAGAGUUGCGAGCGCAGCCUGUCGAGAAGCUCGCUCUCCGACCUAUCGACCGUCCUCGUGGCUGACGAGCGCGGUCUCACCUGCCUCCACGUGGCCAGCGUCUACGGGCAGGUGUCGGUAGUCGACUACCUGCUGCAGCAGGGCGCGGAUCCCAACGAGCGCGACACCGAGGGCAUCUCGGCCCUCCACUGCGCCGCGACUCGCGGCCACCAGAACACGCUGCUCCUUCUCCUGCACGCCAAUGCCGAUCCUAAUGCGAUCGACGCCAAGGGUAACAGUGCCCUUCACCUCGCCGCCGAUCACGGCCACGACGCCUGCGUCAAAGCCUUGCUUUAUUUCGCCGAGCAGGCCCGCAUUCUCCUUCAUAUCAAUACGGCGAACCUCCAGGGUGACACGGCGCUGCACUUCGCUUCCAAGUGGGGUUACACCAGCAUCGUGGAAAUACUGCUGGAGUACGGGACGGACCUGAACUUGAAGAAUCGCAGGGGGCAGACGCCAUUGAGCGUGGCGCAUAGUAGUCACAUUGCUCGACUCCUCGAGGGCUCGAUAUCUAGAACGAGUACACCCACGGGCUUGUCCGAGUACACACCAAUGAGGAAAGAGCCAAAGGCCGAGACCGGAAAUCACUCGGCAAGCGUUGGCAUUGCCGCACCGACUUCCGGUACACUUGCUUAUCGGGGCAGUCUGACGGACGGGAUGCACAAGAUCGAUCGGCUUUUUGCCGCGGUCGCCGAGGGCGACAUUCGCCUAGCCUCGUACUACCUUGGGCUCGAGGGUCCCUGCAGCAAAACCUACGUCUCGGAGCAAAACGAACCCAAGUUCUGUCAUCCACUGUGCAACUGCGAUAAGUGUGUGUCGAUCGAGGAGUUGGCGUACGAGCGGGAGACAAAGCCGCCUAUAGCCAUAAACGCCGUCAACAGUAAAGGAGAGACUGCGUUGCACAUUGCCAGUGCCGCUGGAUGCAUCGAGAUCAUACAGGUACUACUGGAUGCGGGCGCGAAGGUGAACACGGUGACGCGCUCCGAGGGCCGGACACCGCUGCACCUGGCCUGUCUCAACGACCGCGCCAAGGUCGUGAAGAUGCUGCUCGAGUGCGGGGCCUGUAACAGCGACGCUAAGGACAACGCGCGCGACACUCCCCUCCACCUGUCGGCGCGCGCCGGCAAUGUACGCAUCGUCGAGAUGCUCGUGCGCCACGGCGCCAACACCCGGCUGCGCAACCUCGAUGGUGCGACGGCUCUCGAGGAGGUCGAGAGAAUCAGGUCCGACGAUAUCUUCAUGUCGCUCGCGCUUAGCAACAUUGCCAAGAUCCUGAAAAACGUCGGCCCGGCCAAUGCUAGUCAGUAGAAGGCGCGAGCCCGCCAUGGCCGAGAUGAGAAAAUCGUUAAGUCUUACGAGCUCUCGACUC